UAUCCCCUCCUUCCUUCCUCCGCCCCCCCCCCGCCCUUUCCUCCUUUUCCCUCCCUUCCAUCAUUUCCAUCUAUAAAUUUCCAACUCUGCCUUCCUCUCCCUGUCACCUGUGGCUGGGGGGGGCGGGGGAGGGGAGUUUACAGGGCUUUGGGAUGGGGAGCUGAGAGGGGUUGCAUAUUUUUUAAUUUGGUCUCAAUGCUUCUAAAAGAAAUUCAAUCAGUAAAUUGUAGCAAAGACGCUGGGAUAAUAGCACAUUUUAUUUAUUUCAUUGCCAUUUUGUGGGAGUGUCUGGAGUGCUUUGCCUUGAAACAAAUAGGUAUUAAAUGACUGAAAGCCUCCCAAGAUUAAAAUGAUUGUGAUUAAAAUCAGUAAGAAGCCAUAAAGGUAAUAAAUAGGUGGAUCGGGCAGUUAGCCAGGAGGGAGGAUAGCUGGUAAGUGGUCUCGGAGGAGGAGGAAAAUCAGGCUCCUGCCUUGGCCUCACGGUAGCCUGCCUGGAAGUUGGUAAAAAUCAUUUAUGAGAUCUUGUUUCCUUAGCAGACCUCCCACCAUGGAAGCCAAACCCAUUGUGGACUCCAGGCAGAGGGAGGAAGUGGUUCGUGGUGUUCCAACCCAGGUGGUCUGCACAGCCUUCAGUGAUCACAUCUUUGUGGUGGUGACCCAGUAUGGGAAGAUGGGAACGCUGGUCUCCCUGGAGCCCAGUGCUAUAGCCAACGACAUCGGCAGACCUGCCCUCACGACCAAAGUGCUCCUUGGACAAGACGAGCCCCUCAUCCACGUCUUUGCAAAAAAUUUGGUGACGUUUGUAUCUCAGGAAGGGGGAAACAAGCCUGUCCUGCUAGCAGUGGCCUUGAAGGACAGAAGCGUGGAAGUGGUGAAGGCCCUGAAGGAGCUGAUCCGGAGCUGCCAGGUGUGGUGAGGGACACAGAGAAGGAUCUUUCACCGAGAGACCACAGCCGUUUCUUUGUGUGGAUAAAGUAGGAAUUCAGAGAUACUUUCAAGGCCUACUCGGAGUCUCCCUCCUCACUCGUGAAAAGGGACAUUUUAUUUCUGUAGCAUUUGGCUCCUGCAACUGGGAAUGAACAGUUUCCCCUUUCAGAACAUUCCGAUUUGGGAUUUGUUAUUGACAUCACUGGAAUUGGGGUGCAGAGGGUGGGAGAGGACAGGAAAGAAGAGGUGGGGUGUCCAAAACUGUGGAAAUUUGCUGAGACCUUUCCUUGAGGGAUCCAGAACUACUGGCGUUCAAAAAUUGCCCCGUUGAAUCCACCCCGAUGUGUCGUGAAGAAAUAAAGACAUACAACAGUAAAACCUCUCUGAUUUCACCUCCUCGGUGGUCCAGGAGUGUCUGUUACCCAAGGAAAAUGGGAUGAGUUAAAUGAGUGAAUAGUAUCUAAUGCACUUUGAGGAGAUUGUUUCACUCUGGAAAUUGGUAGCAAAGAGAUUACAUAGAAUAUUGUAGUUUUAAAAUCCUGUUAACAUGCUGACUUGGAAAGGGCAAUCCCAGGGGCAAAGAAUACAUUGUAUUCUUUUUCUUGUUCCUUUUUGCUGUGGGUCUGUUUUUGGAUAAUCUUAACUUUGGAUGAAGAGGGAUACACUGAAAAAUGUCAUAAAAGGAAGCUAUCUUUUUGAUAGAGAACUGCCGUUCUGGAACAUAUCAUUUCGUAUGUAAUUCCAGAGAUGGAACUGGAAACUCAGAAAGAAUUCUAGGCUCUUCUGCUCAUGUGUAAUGAAAGAUUGGGAGGGUAAAUUGUGACAUUAAAGGUAGUACAUGAAUCUC